UCCUUCUUGACAAAGAAAAACCUCGCAGGAAUCCUGGUGAGGGCCAGAACGAUCGAGUUGUUCUCGAUAACAUCAAAUCCUACAAAAUGAAUACUCAACCGCUUUCAUUCAACCCCAUCCAAUACAUUUCAACCCAAGAAAAACAGUCAAUCGCCAAUUUGUCCAUCUCAUCCCUCCUCGCCGUCGCCCACGAACCCCUCCCCCAAGGAGGCAACCACUGGAGCAUCUACCUCACCAGCGAAACAGGCUACGUCCGCUUAGACAUGACGCCCUCCUACACCGUCCCCGCUACAGUGAGUCCCGGCGGCUCUAAGGGAAUUCUCAUCGUCAGCCGCGUGGAUGACCUCCGCUUAGGCACCGCAAGUAAAACCGUACGACUUGAUGUCCGGGAAGGUCUGAAGGUCAGCGAUUUUGUCGACCUGCUCGUGAGAGAGAAACGGCAUCUCUACGAGUUCAACAAUGCAGGACAGGGGUGUAGAUUCUGGGUGCAUCAUCAGAUCGGUCUUUGCUGGGAUGAGGGCCUGGUAGUGAAUGGUGUGCAGGUCGAGGAGGCGAGAAGUGCCAUUCUAGUGAUGUAUCCUGAGAUGGUGGGGUAUAGCCUUGUUGUUGGAGAGUAUUAUUCUUAAUCUUUGUUUUGUUUUCAUUUAUCCGUCCGGUCUUUACUAUGUGGGCUUCUGUAUAUUGUUUUCUUUAUAUACAUGUUGAAGUCGCAAGGCGUCCUGUGAACAUUAGCCCUAAGACAUUGGAAGGAAUCACUCGUCUUUAAGGCUUUUAGUGUCGCCACAACCCCUGCUAACAAUCUUGAGAUCCUCUAGAGAUAUCUCCCCAGAAGCUAGCAGUUCUAAACGCUCGAUAAGGUAUUUCGUUU